UACACUGUCGGUGCAUAUUCUUUUUUUUCAUUGAAAUUUGUGAAAAUGGAUGUAAGAACAAACCACUCAUUUUUUAUUUAUUAUUUGGUUCAAAAUACUUCAUUUGUUGUCUGUUCAUUCUUAAUCUCUACAAACCAAGUAACCGCCAUGAUCACUACCACACACACCACGUUAUUACUGUCACCUUAAUAACUUCCCACUAAAUCACACCACUUUCCCUCUUAUACUAUCUCUAUAUAUAUCAUGCAUUGCCUUUGUGUUACAAGUUACAACAAUUCAUUCAUUCUUUGUCUUCUGAAGAAACAUACUUAGAAGCAGAACACAAACAAACAUGGCAUCCCUUGUAUUCAGUUGCUUCAUCAUUUUCUUGGUUUCUGUCACUACUGUUCAAUCUGCAAGACAGUUCCAUGUUGGUGAUCACUUGGGUUGGCGUCAACCUGAUCAAAACAACACUGCUUUUUACACUCAAUGGGCUGAAAGAAACAGAUUCCAAAUUGGAGACUCCCUCGUAUUUGAGUAUGAGAAGGAUUCAGUUCUUAGUGUGGAGAAAUUUGAUUACUUCAACUGUGACACAAGUGAACCAAUCACUACUUUCACCAAUGGAAAGAGCACUUUUAAUCUUGACAGAUCAGGACCUUUCUAUUUCAUAAGUGGAACUGAUGAUCAUUGCAACCAUGGCCAAAAAUUGCUCGUUGAAGUUAUGGCGCCGCAUUCAAUUCCAGCAUCUCCACCUACCACCAUUGCAGUUCCGCCUGAAGGUUCAUCACCGAUCAUGGCUCCUUCGGAUUCACCUUAUUCUUCUGAUUCCGUGGAUCAGGCUACUUCCUCUUCCACCAUGGUGCUUGCUUCAAGUUUUCUGUCUACUUUGAUCACAUUUGGAAUUGUGACGAUGUUAGCACUCUAAAAUGUCUUGUUAUGGUGUUUAACUAGUUGUUUUUCUUUCAUCGAUUCUUCUGAAAUUUGAGUUGUUUAGGCAUUAUUACCAUUUGA